GCUUUCUUGGGCACUGACAUUUCCAACAGCGGCUAUGCAGCAGCUCUCAAUGGCCUGCUCUGGUCCCUGAAACAGCCCGCCAAUUCAGCCUCGACUGUUCUCAUAUAACCCCAGCGUCUAUACCCCCCGCUCUGCAUUUUCCUCUUCUCUUCUCGAAGGAAAUUGACAUCGUGGAAAGGGGCCUUUUCACGGCCCGGAUUAUGAAGAAAUGCCUGAUGUUUUCGUUGCCUGUUUCUAUCUGCGUCUGGAGUUUGGUUAUUGUCGCACUGUCUCAUAAUGCAUCUGCAGCGGAUUCAGACAGGACUUAUUUCACGAAUCCGCCCUCGUCGACCGAUGCAGAUGGAAUGCCAGAUUAUGAACUGGGAAGCGUCCAGGAGAUCUCAUGGACGACGGACCUGGACAUCUUCAACAUCAGCAUCUGGCAGCGCGAUCAGGACAGUGGGAAUAAAAGCAAUGGGGGGAAUAUCUUCGCCAAAAUAAACCCUUCCGAAACAAUAAACACUUUCUCCUGGGCCGUCCAAACAUACUCACUCGAUCUCAACGACUCCUCAAUCUUCUUCCUGGCCAUAGAAGCCGGUUCGCACAGCUGGACAUCCGCAAACUUCAUUAUCACAUCCUCCACCAAAUCAUCUCCCUCCAGCUCAACCACCCCAAUUUCAGAUUCAGACUCCCCCACAACAACCGACUCCCCAACAUCCCUAACCUCAACCGGCAAAAUCGCCCUCGGCCUCGGCGCCGGCAUCGGCGCACCACUAAUCUGCCUCCUCGCCAUCCUCGCCUACUUCCAGUACCGCAGCGCACGAAGAGCAUACACACACACCCAAGCGCUCCAAAACCACCCAGACCAUCAUCAUCCUCAUCAUCAUUCACACUCCCAGCAACCGCCACCGGCAUGGCGCCACCCGUCCGCCUCGCCGACUAUGGACCAACUCACCGUCCCGCCAUCGAUACUCCCGCCGAAGCAGGUCCCCAUGUCUGUCCCGCUGUACAGGAAUAGGAGUCUCCCACCGUCGGAGCUCCCGCAGAAAUUGGCAAGGCCGGUGUAUGAGCCGCCGUGGGAGGUUCAUUCGGAUUCUGCGGUGGGACAUGCUCAUGCACAGGCACAGGCACCGGUGGGGUUGGGUGUUGGGGUUGGGGUUGGGAAUUGGAGUGAACAUACGACGAGGACAGGAUAUGGUAGAGACUCGAGAGGAGGGACGGGGAAUACGAGCGUGCGGUCUUCAGCAGGUCUGGGGAUUCCGGAGUUACCCGGGGAGGGCUCUAAUUUUAUAUAAUUGCAUCGCUUCUAUUUAUAUAUAUCUACUGCGAAAUACGCAUGGGGGGUAUUGCCUUGUAUAUAUAUGUA